UGCCACCGCCACCUGCCCGAUGCCGCCCGCCGCUUCUGCCGUCGGUCAGCCAUCGCUGCUUCCGCUGCGCGCCGACGCCGCGCCGUUCCCUAUCUCCCCGACCUCGUGUCCCCCCUUUCCCGCGCUCAAGCCUCCCCCUCACCUGUGGGUGGAGGGCGGCGGGCCUCACCGCCGGCGCUCAUCUCGGCUGGGAUAUGCCCGGUCUUGAUGAUGCGGGGGAGGCCGGGGUGCGCGUUGGCCGCCACGGCUGCAGUCGGGAGGCCAGGGAACCAAGGCGCCGGUGGUGGGGAUGGAGGCGCGAGUCCGGGCUCGGGUUCGGCGAUGCCGUCCACCGCCGGCACGGCCAUGCUGCUGGAGCCACCCGCGGCCAUGUAGAAGGGCAGGGCGCCACGGCGCGCGGCGAUGGUGCCUCUAAGGAGGAACUCUGGUGGCGCAGCCGGUGUUGGAGAGUACAGAGGUGUUGCCGGCGUGUAGCCGGGCGAGAUGGCGCGGUGCGGCGAAGCCUUGGUGAAGCCAUGCUCUGUUGAUGAAGGACAGUCAUCGCGGCGAGCGUAGUUUGUCCAGCCAUGGCGAGGACAGUACGACGUCACCAUGUCCGGCACCUCUUGCGGCAGUCAGUCGGGCUGCAGCUGCACCCUUGCAGUCCACCCAUGGGACACCCAGUGGUGCGACAACUCCAUCAGAAUGCGUUCUGGCACGGUGCAGGUGUUGGGCAUUACCGGAGGUCCGCGGCAGGUGGCAAGGGUGCUCGAUUCGCUGCCACCAGCUCUGGUAGUUCUGCAGGCAGCGGUGCCGUCGUCGCGGCGUCGUCCUCCACGGCUGGUGAAGCCAGCGGGAGGAGACCGGGGGCCACGGGCCCUCCUGCGUCGAGGACGACGCACUGGAGCCCGGAGAAGCUCGGUGAGCUGCUGGCGCAAGAGAUGACGCAGAUGGCGAGCACGGAGGUUGCGAGGAAGAGAAGAACCAGCAUCAAGGGAAAUCGGCAAAUUGCGAGCCAUCUUACCUUUCAAAUUGGUUGGUUUUCAUUGGGAAAGUUGUACUAUUAGUUGAGGAAGAGGCUCAGGAGAAUGCUUGCGUGUUUGUGGAUCAAAGGAAAUUGAGUCAAGAUAUAUAUCAAAGCACCUACAGUAGGCGGAAUUGUGAAACCUCGCUACACUAUCUCUGCUUACUGCUACUAAAUUAAUCACCUCGAUUUAAGGUCAAGGGAAGGCAGUGAACCCUCAUGGUUCCUUGGUUCA